CCCAUGUCCCGAAGGGGUUAAAGCUCCGGUCCCUCCCCCCGCUUCUCCUCCCCCGGCUCUGGGGUAAACCCGAGAACCAACCCGGGAACCAAACCGGGAACGCGCCCGGAACCCGCCCGGCCGCUCCGCCCGGCCCGGCCCGUCCUGCCCCGACCCGUCCGGCCGGUCCUGCCGGGGCCGCCGCCGGAGCCUCCCUGCCCCGAGCGCGGCCUUCGGCCUCGUCCUGCUCAGCCUUCUCCAACCUGCUCCAGCCGUCCUCAUCCUCCUGAGCCUCUUCAGCCUCUUCCAGCCGUCCUCAGCCUCCUCCAGUCGUCCUCGUCCUCCUCAGCUGAGGACCUUCUCCAACCCUCUUCCGAACUUGCACCAAUCUCCUCAUCCUCCUUCUAACUUUCUCCAUCCUCUCUGCAGCCUCCUCAUCCCCCUCAGCCUCCCCAACCGUCCCCGACCUUCUUCAUCCACUUUCCAACCUCUUUCCUAUCUCCUUUCUCAACUUCCAACCUCCUCCCAAUCUUCUCCAGCUCCCUCAUCCUCCAGCCGACCUCCUUUCCCAGCUCCCAAACCCUUCCCAGGCUCUCUCCAGCCUCUUUUCCCACCUUCCCCUGUCAGAUGUCGGUCUCCAUCCCCCGGCAGCCGCUGCGGAGCAGCUCGGCCGUUCCGGGCCGCUCCUUCUCGUCCCGCUCCUUCACGGCCGGCCCGGCGCUGAGGAUGAGCACGGCCCCGGCGCUCGGCCCCUACGGGGGGCUCCGCGGCGGCUCCGGGGGGCUCGGGGGACCCUCGUGGGUGCCGGGGGCGGGCGGGGGCAUCACGGCCGUCACCAUCAACCGGAGUCUCCUGGCGCCGCUGGACGUGGCCGUGGAUCCUGAGCUGCAGGAGCUGCGCCGGGAGGAGAAGGAGCAGAUCAAGACCCUCAACGAUAAAUUCGCCGCCUUCAUCGACAAGGUGCGGUUCCUGGAGCAGCAGAACAAACUCCUGGAGACCAAGUGGGGGCUCCUGCGGGCGCAGCCCCCCCCCCGCAGCAGCCUGGGGGGGCUCCUCGAGGGCUACGCGGGGACCCUGCAGCGGCAGCUGGAGGGACUCGGGCAGGAGCGGCAGCGGCUGCGCGCAGAGCUCGGCCACGUCCGGGGGCUCGUCGAGGAGUUCAAGGCCAAGUAUGAGGAGGAGAUCAACCACCGCACAGAGAAGGAGAAUGAGUUUGUCCUGCUCAAAAAGGAUGUGGAUGAAGCCUACAUGUCCAAGGUGGAGCUGGAAUCACGCCUGGAGAGCCUCACGGACGAGAUAAACUUCCUGCGGCAGCUCUAUGAGGAGGAGCUGCAGGAGCUGCGGGCGCAGGUGUCGGACACGGCCGUGGUGGUGUCCAUGGACAACAGCCGCCAGCUGGACAUGGCCGGAGUCCUGGCGGACGUGCGGGCGCAGUACGAGGACAUCGCUGGCCGCAGCCGUGCUGAGGCUGAAGGCCUCUACCAGGUCAAGUAUGAGGAGCUGAAGACGGCGGCCGGGAAGCAGGGAGACGACCUGCGCCAGACCCGGAGCCAGAUCCAGGAGCUGAACCGGCGGAUCCAGCGGAUCCAGGCAGAGAUUGAGGCUCUGAAAAAUCAGCGCUCUGGGCUGGAGACAGCCGUGGCCGAGGCCGAGGAGCGCGGGGAGCUGGCACUGAGGGACGCCCGGGCCAAGCUGGCGGGGCUGGAGGGGGCCCUGGCCCAGGCCAAGCAGGACCUGGCCCGGCAGCUCCGGGAGUACCAGGAGCUCAUGAACGUCAAGCUGGCCCUGGACAUCGAGAUCGCGACCUACAGGAAGCUGCUGGAGGGCGAGGAGAGCAGGCUCGAGGCUGCUGUGCAGAACCUGAGCAUCCACACCAAGCCUUCGGGGUACCUGGGUGGACUCGGGGGAGGUUUUGGGGCGGGAUUUGUGGGGGGAUUUGGGGGGGCCGUGGUCAGCUCAGGGUACUCGGUGCCACCUCCGCCCCCCGAGAGCACGGUCCCCCUCAAAUCCCGUGCCAUCGUCAUCAAGAAGAUCGAGACCCGUGACGGGAAACUCGUGUCUGAGUCCUCCGACGUCCUGGAAAGCUGAACCCCCUUUCCUGGGGGACCCCCAUUCCUUGGCCCGGCCAGCUGAGUGAGCCCCCCUCUUUCCUGAGCAGACCCUGAAUCCUGACCUCCUGGGCCCCCCUUUCUGGGGUGCCCCCCAUGUCCACACAAACUGAACCCCCCCUUUCCCAGGGGGGUCCCCCAUGUUCCCUGCCCUCCCAGGGUGUCCCCCUAAGUCCUGGCCAGGUGAACCCCCUUUCCUGAGAGGGGGUCCCCAUGUCCAGCCCAGCUGAGCCCUCCCCCUUUCCUGGGAGUCACUCUGUGUCUUGGGGGGUCCCUCAUGUUCAGCCCAGCUGAACCCCCUUUUCUGAGGUGGGGGGAGGGUCCCCCAUGUCCUGACAUUCUGAGCCCCCCCCAAGUCCCCUCUUUCCUGCUCGGGGGGUCCCCCCUAGUCCAGGGCACCUGAGCCCCCAGAGUCCCCUGGGGGUUCCUGUCCAUGUCCUGGGGGGAUCUUUAGGGGGGAUCCCCCUUGUCCAGGCCAGCUGAGCCCAUUCCCUUCCUGGGGGGUUCCCCCAUUCCCGUGGGGGUCCCCCAUGUCCUGACCUGCUGAGCUCCCCCCUUGGUGUGUCCCCCCUCCAUCCUGGCCCCCUUCCCUGGGGGUCCCCAGCUCCCGACAGGACACCAGGCACCCUCUGCUGACAACCUGAGCCAGUGCCAGUGCCAGUCUCCCCCGGGGGGCUCCAACCCCCCCAUUGUCCCCUCUCGGACUGGGGGGUGGGCACUGGGGGGUCUGGGCCUCCCCUGGG